AUGGGGCGCGCGCGGGGCCGGCGGGGCCGCAGCGGGCCGGCGCCCACGCAGUGCGCGAACACCCAGUGCUUCGACCCGCUGGUCCGCGGCUGCGUGGCCUGCAGGCUCUUCCGCACCCCGGAGCCCCGGCCGGCGGCCGAGCCGAGCAGCCGGGCGCCCGGGACGGCGGUGCAGCCGCAGGAGGCGGGGGGCGCGGGGGCCGGGGCCGAGGCGCUCCCGCUGCCCGCGCUGCUGCUGGGCGCCCCCGCGCUGCUGGGCCUGGCGCUGGCCCUGGUGCUGGUGGCCGCGCUGGGCUGGCGGCGGCUGCGCCGGCCCGCGCCCCCCAAGCCCCCCAAGGCCCCGGACACGGAGUUGGACGAGCCCCUGGACAACGUCAUCAUCCUCUCUUCUGGGCCCCUUGAUGCCACCGCGCCCGUCUGGCCUCCACCCGGAGAAAACCCAGCCACCACGCCCCCUGCCCACAGCGUCCCGGUGCCAGCCACGGAGCUGGGCUCCACCGAGCUGGUGACCACCAAGACGGCCGGCCCUGAGCAGCAGUAGCGACGGAAGGGGCAGGCGUGGCCCCGGCCCUCCCGUGGGCCAUCGGCCGCGGGGCUGGAGGUUGAAUUCGGCUCUUCAUCCGGCGUCCACCUGCCCCCUACCUGGGAACCGGGCUGCUCCCAGCGAAGCCUGCAGAACCGCAGACACUGUGGGCCCAGCGGCACCGGCACCGUGGGGUGCGCAUCGCGCUUGGGAGCCUCGGGCUGUGACUGAGUGGCCGGGGCACUGAGCCGGGGCCCCUCUCAGAGCGGGGAAGCCACCGCCACACAGAGCGAGUCUCGGAAAAGGACCCCGUGGGAGGAUGCAGCCUUGGUAGCUGGUUUAGAAUUUAACACUCACUCUCAGAGCUGCCCUGCUUUUAAACCCAGGCACACGGCUGCCGCGCUGACCCGCGCCAGUGGAUGGGUUUGCUUUGGGAUUUAAUACACGAUGACUUGACGAACAGCCUGGAUUGUGCUGACUCUCAGGGGCCUGUACCCGGGUCCACCCUGAGCGUGGACCAGGCUGCUGGGACCUGUGAUGCCAUUCACUCCAGGGCCAGCUUCCAAAGCCCCGGCUCACACUGGAGCCCCGGCCCCUGGGGCUGACUGCACUCUCGCUGGAGGCGCAGUGAGCGGGCGUCUCCCUCAGACACCACCUGGGUCCCAGCUGCUUCCAGAGCUCACUCAGCCGGACCCAGGGCAGGGCUCGGGGCCUGCAGGCGGCUUCUUCAUGGGCCUGUGGCCUGAGCCAGCGGGACCUGAUGUCUCUGAAGCCCUUUUCUCCGUGGCCUGCCCUCCCCAAGUCCUGGGCCCAGUGCUGGGUCUCCUGGCCUGUCUGUGCCAGCCCCUGGGCCCCCACCAUCCCAGUGGACUUGCUCCGCUGACAGUGGUGCCGCUUCGCGGGGCCGGGGGCUGAGACCAUCGCUCCCACCUCAGGAGCACACGGUACUCACUCAGCCUGCCCUGCCCGCCCUGCUACCCAGGCUCGGCCCUUCUGACCAGGACUCCACCCUGGGACGAGUCCUCGGAAGGAGCACUGGACUGGGAGUCAGGAGAGGGGGCCUGGGUACCAUUUUGUCCCCCUGUAGGACCUUGGCCACCUCUGUUCCCUGUAUUGAUGCUGUCGGCUCACCUCUUCCUGACUUGACAUCAGAACUGCCCGGCAAAUACCCGUCCUUCAGUCGACUCCUUUCCCAGCUCAGGAGAUGAUCAGCAGCCAGCC